AUGUCGGUGUCGGUACCUGAUGAAAAGACCAGCGGCCGUGAGAACGAAAAAUCCACGACGCUGCCAACGUCGACCAAGGAAGCUCAACUCCAGGCCUCGACAACUAAACCAGAUGUCGAGAGUCCUCGGACCCAGCGGCCAGGGUACGACCCCGAGGCCGAAAGGAACUACCAACCCAAGACGCUCAAAUUCUGGCUCAUCGUCUUGUCCGUCUUCGUGUCCAUGUUUCUCGUGGCGCUCGACCGCACCAUUCUGGCGACUGCAGUCCCCCGCAUCACCGACGAGUUCAAGAGCCUGGGGGACAUUGGGUGGUACGCCUCGGCGUACAUGCUCACCACGGCGGCGUGCCAGCUGCUGUUUGGCCGGGUAUACAAGUUCUACAGCACGCGGCGGACGUUCCUCGCCACCAUUGUCGUCUUCGAAGUCGGCUCUGCCCUGUGCGGCGCGGCCCCCAGCUCCCCGGCCUUCAUCGUCGGCCGCGCCAUCGCCGGCGUGGGCGCGGCGGGCAUCUGGACCGGCUCCAUGAUGGCCAUCAUCCCCAUGGUGCCUCUGCACAAGCGGCCCAUGUUCCAGGGCGUCUUCGGCAUGGUAUUCGGCAUCUCCUCCGUCGUGGGGCCCCUCAUCGGCGGCGCCUUUACCGAGCGCGCAACGUGGCGGUGGUGCUUCUACUUGAACCUGCCCGUCGGCGCGGUGGCCUUUGCGUUGCUGUUCCUGUUCAUGCACCCUGCCGAUCCCAAGCAUGAGCCGGCGGCCCUGAAGCAGCAGCUUGUGCGUCUUGAUCCGCUGGGGACAUUCUUCUUUGUGCCCUCUGUCAUCUGUCUGCUGCUGGCGCUGCAGUGGGGUGGCUCGACGUAUGCUUGGGGUAGCUGGCGCAUCAUCUUGCUGCUCGUCAUGUUUGGCCUGGCGGCGCUUGCGUUUGCCGCGGUGCAGGUGCAGAUGCCGGAGACGGCAGCAUUGCCCGUCAGGCUCAUCAAGCAGAGGACCUUGUUGGCCGGCACGUUUUACAUGCUCUUCCUAGCUGGCGGCAUGAUGUUGGUGGUUUACUACCUGCCGCUAUGGUUCCAAGCAACAAAGGGUGUCGAUCCGGUCAAGUCGGGCGUCUACACCAUCCCCCUGGUUCUGAGCCUCGUCGUCGCAUCCAUCGUUUCCGGCGCAGGAACCCAAAGAAUCGGCUACUACACACCUUUCAUGAUAGCGAGCCCUUGCAUCGCUGCCGUUGGCGAAGGGCUCCUCACGACACUCACCCCCGAGGCCGGGUCGAACCGCUGGAUCGGGUUCCAGUUCCUCACCGGCUUCGGCGUCGGCCUGGGGAUGCAAUCUGUUGGUCUGGCAGUGCAAGCCACGCUGCCCCGGGAGGACGUUUCCACCGGCAUUGCCAUCACCUUCUUUGCCCAGCAGCUCGGCGGUGCCGUCUUCGUGUCUGUCGGCCAGACCAUUCUAUCCACCCUGCUCGUGGAGCAGUUGAGCGGCGUGCCUGGGCUGGAUCCCAUGUCUAUUGUCAAGACGGGCGCCACCGAGCUGCGACACGUGGUGCCCUCGCAGUUCUUCGGCAGAGUCGUCGACGCCUACAACUUUGCGAUAACGCGCAUCUUCUACUGCGGCCUGGCGUUGGCGCUGGCCCAGCUGGUGUCUGCCUUGUUCGUUGAGUGGCGGAGCAUUAAGAAGUCAAAGGACGCGGACGCCGGCAAGGCUGUUGCUCAGCAGGAGGGACUCGGCGAGUAA